AUAUACAAAAUGUCGGCGCCCACAGCUGACGUGAAAGAUCAAAGGCAACUUCAAUUUGUGUCAUUUAAUAGUUUCCUAGACUCGGGAUUUUGGCACAAGCUCUCGGAAAACAAACUUAAUGUUUAUGGCUUGGACGAGAGCGAGAGGGCGAUCAACGGAUUUUACUUUAAUGGGGACCCACCUGGAAUGCCAUGUCGAAUGAAUGUAGAGUUUACUGCAUUUGAUAUAGAUGCUAAGACACCCAAUAGAUGUUUUCCAAUGCAUGGAGUGUUACAUAAUACAAACACCAUUGAUAAAUUUAAAGAAUGUGAUAAAAAACAGAUAAUAAGUGAAGCAGGCAAAAAGAUUUGGGAAGCAGUUGUGAAUGGUGAAGCUUUAGAAAAGCCAGAACUUCUGUCCAGGUUUAUUCUUCUCACAUUCGCUGAUUUAAAGAAGUACCAUUAUUACUACUGGUUCUGUUUUCCCUGCCUGAGUCCCCCCACAGAGGUCACCCUAAAUCAGGAACCGGGCAAAAUCAGGGAGAAAUUUACCCAGGAACAAGUCGUUAAUUUCUUACAUUCCUAUGAUGAGUACCAAAGUAGACAACAAACUUAUCAGGGAUACUUCAUUGUAGUACAUUCCAAGGGAGAAUUCAUUGUAGAUGACAUGAAAAAUUUGAACAAAUAUGGAAACACACAAGAGGCAUACUUUGGGGUAUGUGAUCCGAGCACCAUUGAGAAUUAUCCUGGUUGGCCUCUCAGGAACCUCUUACUCCUAAUAUCAUAUCACUGGAAAGGUGAUUUGAAGAAUGUGAAUAUACUAUGUCUUAGAGAUAGAAGUCGAGAUGGAUCUCGAGAUAUCUCACAUAGUCUCAUACUGUCUGUUAGCCUUCCAGAGAUGAAGGGCAUCACAGAAUGUCCAAAAUGUGUUGGAUGGGAGAAAAAUGAAAAACAGAAACUUGCUCCAAGAUUUGUAAACCUCAGUGCCAGCAUGGAUCCCACUAGACUGGCCGCAUCAGCAGUUGAUCUCAAUUUGAAGUUGAUGAGAUGGAGAUUACUGCCAGAACUUGACCUAGACCUUGUAUCAGGGACCAAAUGUCUGCUGCUGGGUGCUGGGACUCUAGGAUGCAAUGUGGCAAGGUGUUUACUGGGUUGGGGAGUAAGAACCAUAACUCUGGUAGACAAUGGUAGGAUCUCAUACUCCAACCCAGUACGUCAGUCCUUGUUUGUAUUUGACGAUUGUUUAAAGGGAGGUAAGCCAAAGGCUGAGGCAGCAGCCGAGGCAUUGAAGAGAAUAUUCCCGGGGGUGGAUGCUAAGGGAUUAAGUCUCUCCAUACCAAUGCCAGGGCAUGCAGUACCAGAUAGUGCAAUAGAUGGUGUGCAGAAAGAUGUACAAACAUUACAGGAUUUGGUGAAUACCCAUGAUGCAAUAUUUUUAUUGCUAGACACAAGAGAAAGCCGAUGGCUUCCAACUUUAAUGGCAGCUGAAAAGCAAAAGAUUGUGAUUUGUUCUGCACUGGGGUUUGACACAUACCUAGUUAUGAGGCACGGUGUGAAGUCAGACUUUGAGGGUGGGGAACCAGCCUCUCUGUCAUCUUACAGCUCCAUACCAGGGGACCAGCUAGGCUGCUAUUUCUGUAAUGAUGUAGUAGCUCCAGGAAAUUCAUUAAAGGAUCGCACACUCGACCAGCAAUGUACUGUUUCUAGACCAGGAAUUUCUUACAUGGCUUCCGCUCUAGCCGUAGAACUUCUGGUGUCUGUUCUUCAACAUCCACAAAAGGGACACGCCUCUGCAGACACCAGUGCUAACGAUGAUCACCUGAGUAAGGAUUUUGUGAGCGCCCUUGGGCUGGUCCCACAUCAGAUUCGCUGCUUUGUGUCCAGGUUUCAGCAAGUUCUUCCCGCCUGUAGAGCUUUUGAUAAAUGUACAGCAUGUUCUAAAACUGUGAUACAACAAUACAGAAAGGAUGGAUUUGACUUCUUGAGGAGGGCAUUUAAUGAUCCGUCUUAUUUAGAGGAUUUAACAGGACUCACACAGAUGCAUCAGGAGACUCUUGAUGCUGAGGUGUGGGGAUUCAGUGAAGAUGAAGAAUGUAGCAGCAUGGAGCUCUCUUAAUAUUAGUCCAUUAAAUAGAGUCUUUUUAUUUAUUUAUUAUUAUAUUGUUGUGAUAUUGUAUUAUACACUGUAUAUAGAUAGAAUAGACAUCAGACAUCAGCUAUACUUAUAAU